UCCGGAUCAGAUCAAACCGAAACCAAAAUCCCAAAAAAAAAAAAACACGAGGCGCAGGCGAAGCCCACGUGGACGAACACCCUCCUCCCCCCGACGACCGCCGGCCGCCGCCGUUAUCAUGCCCCCCGGCGGCGGGGGCGCCGUCUUCCUCGGAGUCGACGUCGGCACCGGCAGCGCUCGCGCAGGUCUCUUUGAUGAGAAGGGUAAGCUGCUGGGGUCGGCGAGCAGUCCUAUACAGAUAUGGAAGGAGAAGGACUGCAUCGAGCAAUCAUCAACAGACAUAUGGCAUGCCGUGUGUGCUGCGGUAAAACACGCAUGCUCUCUGGCAAAUGUUGCGCCUGAGAAUGUUGUCGGACUUGGCUUCGCCGCUACUUGUUCUCUUGUUGCUGUUGAUGCUGAUGGUUCCCCUGUUUCUGUUUCUUGGACUGGUGAUGCGAGGAGGAACAUCAUCGUGUGGAUGGACCAUAGGGCUGUAGACCAAGCUGAGCGAAUCAAUGCUCGCAAUUCGCCGGUAUUGCAAUACUGUGGUGGGGGUGUUUCCCCAGAAAUGCAAGCCCCAAAGCUCUUAUGGGUAAAGGAAAAUCUGCAAGAGUCGUGGUCAAUGGUAUGUAGGUGGAUGGACCUCAGUGAUUGGUUAGCAUAUAGAGCGACUGGCGAUGACACACGCAGCUUAUGCACAACUGUUUGCAAAUGGACAUAUCUUGGGCAUGCACACAUGGAACAGUGGAAGGAAUCAGAUUCACGUGAUAUGGAAGCAUGUGGAUGGGAUGAAGUCUUUUGGGAAGAAAUAGGCUUGGGAGACCUUGUUGAAGGAAAUCAUGCAAAAAUAGGACGCAGUGUUGCAUUUCCUGGCCAUCCUCUGGGUUCUGGGUUGACAGCUACUGCUGCCAAGGAGUUAGGUUUGCGUCCUGGGAUUCCUGUUGGAACUUCACUAAUUGAUGCUCAUGCUGGUGGUGUUGGAGUCAUGGAAAGUGUGCCAGAUGCAGAAUCUAAAGCUGACACGUCUGAUGAAUCUGAUGAACAAGCUAUAUGCCACCGCAUGGUCUUGGUUUGUGGGACAUCUACAUGCCAUAUGGCUGUCUCAAAGAACAAACUGUUUAUCCCUGGUGUCUGGGGGCCAUUUUGGUCUGCAAUGGUUCCUGAGUUUUGGCUCACGGAAGGUGGCCAAAGUGCAACUGGUGCUCUACUUGAUUACAUUGUUGAAAACCAUGUUGCUGCUCCUCUUCUUGCUAAUCAUGCUGCUUCUCAAAGAAUAUCCAUAUAUGAGCUACUGAACAAGAUACUAUUUUCUAUGGCACAUGAGCAAAAUAUUUCUUUUAUUUCUUCCCUGACUCAAGACAUCCAUGUCCUCCCAGAUUUUCAUGGAAAUAGGUCUCCUUUGGCUGAUCCAAAAUCCAAAGGAAUCAUAUGUGGCUUCACACUUGAUACAAGUGAGAAGCACUUGGCGCUUCUUUAUCUAGCAACAAUUCAAGGCAUUGCUUAUGGUACUCGUCAUAUUGUGGAGCAUUGCAAUGCUCAUGGGCACAAGAUCGAUACUCUUCUUGCUUGUGGCGGACUUGCGAAGAAUUCCUUGUAUAUCCAAGAGCACGCAGAUAUAACUGGAUGUCCAAUAAUACUUCCUAGAGAGAAUGAGUCUGUGCUUUUAGGAGCUGCUGUCCUGGGUGCUGUUGCUGCAAAGAAGUUUCCAGGUGUUCGCGACGCAAUGAAGGCACUGAAUGCGGCCGGGAAGGUUGUAUAUCCAUCUUCAGAUCCUAGGGUAAAGAAAUACCAUGAUGCAAAAUAUCAGAUAUUCAGAUCCCUGUAUGAGCAACAACUCUCCCAUCGCUCAGCUAUGGCACAGGCAUUGCAGUAGGGGCUUAUGACCAGUUGACCACUUCCAGUGACCACUGAGCUGCCCAUUCAUUUAUCUUGUGAAAACACCGUAUUAUGUUGCCAUGUUCUCUUGGGUCAUUGACAUCUCAUAUGCCGAAUUCCAUGUUACGUGAUCAAACUGAUGAUACAAUGUAUAAACAGUAGAAGGCAAUAAGAUCCUUCAGAAAUGUGAUGUUGGUUAGAAAAGCACAAUAAUGAAAAUUAUAAGUUCAGGGGGGAAAAAAUCCAAUACAUGGAAAUGGCUUGCAUGUUCC